AAGAAGAAGAAGGAGCAGAAGAAGAAGAAGAAGCAGUGAGGCAUCAGAAACAUAACAUAGUUAGCUACACACGGCGAAUAAAGAUAUUUGACUGACCACAACACCUCCUCAUUGAGGCAGGAUGCCUCGUUAUGCGCAGCUUGUGAUGGGCCCGGCGGGGAGCGGGAAGAGUACCUACUGCUCCACCAUGGUCCAGCAUUUAGGGUCCCUAAACCGCUCAGCUCAUGUGGUGAAUCUGGACCCAGCAGCUGAGCACUUUGACUACCCUGUCAUGGCAGAUAUCCGUGAGCUCAUCCAGGUGGAUGAUGUAAUGGAGGACCCUUCUCUCAGAUUUGGCCCCAACGGAGGACUGGUCUUCUGCAUGGAGUACUUCGCCAACAACUUUGACUGGCUAGAUGAAAGCCUGGGUCAUGUAGAGGAUGACUACAUACUGUUCGACUGCCCAGGUCAGAUUGAACUUUAUACACACCUCCCUGUAAUGAAGCAGCUGGUGGAGCAGCUCCAGCAGCGGGAGUUUCGGGUGUGUGGGGUCUUUCUGGUAGACUCCCAGUUCAUGGUGGAGUCUUUUAAGUUCAUCUCAGGAGUCAUGGCUGCCCUGAGUGCCAUGGUGUUAUUAGAGAUCCCUCAAAUUAACAUCAUGACAAAAAUGGACCUGCUUAGUCCCAAAGCCAAGAAGGAGAUUGAGAAAUACCUGGACCCAGACAUGUACGCAAUGAUGGAAGAUAACUCGGAUAACAUCACAAGCACAAAGUUCAAGAAUCUGACUAAAGCCAUCUGUGGUCUGAUUGAAGACUACAGUAUGGUAAGAUUCAUGCCUUUUGACCGCAGCGAUGAGGAAGGUGUUAACAUAGUACUGCAAAAUAUCGACUUCGCUAUACAGUAUGGAGAGGACCUGGAAUUUAAGGAGCCAAAGGAGGCCGAUGAAGACCCUGAUGACCUAAAUUAUGAUGAGGCUUUUCAAGACAAAGUGGACAGCUGAGGAUUAAAGUGACUCCAGGAAUUCUGCAAAAAACAGACUACAGUUGAACAAUAAAUCAUUUGCGGCUCCUGCAGAACCAGAAUAGCAUGUGACUGCAAGGACAACAACAAAAGACUGACAGAAGAUCAUGAACACCUUGUAUCGUUUAUGUGUAUACGUUUUUGUUCCUGUCCCUUUUUUUUUUUGAAGAUAUUUGAGAUUUUAACCCAUUCAUGUUUCAUUAUUUUCGGGUCAUGUUUAAUUUUAAAGAGUUGUUAAUAAAUACAU